GAAGCGGCGGAGGCAAUCAACUCAGAGGACACCCGGAAAGCGUUUGCAGAGGGCUUCGCCCCCAACGCGGUGGUAAAACCCCCGGUUUUCGUGGUGAUCACAGAGUUCGUGCCCGUCUCUUUCGACCCGAGCUCGAAGGAGGAGGUCGAGGAAGUGCUAGCAAGUUCAGGCCUCCCAGUAGGAGGGGUCACCUGGGCCGAGUGGAUCAAACGGGUGGCCAGACGCAAGCCGGGGCAACGCACGGCCCACCUAAAAACGGCCUUCACGUCUGCGACGAUGGCCAACAAGGCCAUCGAGGAAGGAAUGAUGGUCGAAGGCCGUCGGGUUUAUUCUAGAAAAUCACUCCCGGAACCACCACGAUGCUUCAAGUGCCAAUCGACAAAGGGUGAACACAUGGCAGCGACGUGCCCGGCUCUGGGAUGGACGUGCGCGUUCUGCGCGGGUGCACACAGCACGGACAAGUGCGACGCAGUGCCCGGCUCCGCCCCCAAGUGCACGAACUGCGCGAAGGCGGGCAACCAACAUGACCACAUGGCCUCGGACUGGAACUGCCCAACGACGGAGACCAACCGCACCAAGUACCAACGCGCCCACCCCGAGGCGCAGUUCCGCCUCUUCCCGACAGACGACCCGGCGACCUGGGAACGCGUCGACGGAACUAACCCCCCCCAGGCACCCCCAGCG